UAUAGUUUUUUCCAGGGUGGCGGUCAAAUAAUUAAACAACUUUAUGUUUUAAUUUGUCAACAUCUAAAGCAGAACCGGGCAAAUUUUAACUUCGUGGGAGCCGCUAGCUGAGGUUGCCGUCAGAAAUGCGUAUCUGGGUGUGAAAAGUAACGAAAGCUUUGCCCUUUUGGGUUUAAAUGGAGCUGGCAAGACAACGACUUUUGAAAUAAUAACGGGCGAGAUAGCAGCUAAUUCCGGGAUGAUUUUUGUCAAUGGUCAAAACAUACGAAGAGAAACCAACAAAGUGCAAAGGUCUAUUGGAUAUUGCCCGCAAACCGAUACCGUAAUAACUCAUUUUACCGGAAGAGAGAACCUCGUUUACUUUUUAAUAUUGCGCGGAUAUUCAAAAAACUCGGCAGAAAUUCUGGCAGAAGCGAUAGCCCGGAAGCAUGGAUUCUAUUCACAUAUCGAUAAACGUGUGAACGUUUACAGUGGUGGCAACAAAAGGAAACUAUGUUUGGCCAUAGCGCUUCUUGGAGACGCACCAAUCUUGGCGUUAGAUGAACCAACAAGUGGGGUGGAUCCAGGGAGUAGACGUUAUAUGUUUUCCUUAAUUACGGAGGCAUCGCGUGGCAAAACCACUUUACUAACUACUCACCAUUUGGAAGACUGCGAAGCAAUAUGCACCCGCGCACUGAUAAUGGCCAAUGGGAAAUUCAAAUGUAUCGGUUCAUUGCAACAUUUGAAAACAAAGUUUGCCGCAGGAUAUUUUAUUAUAAUAAAAUUAGAAGCAAACAAACAGGGAAAUCCUCCCACCGACACGCAACUGAAGUCCUUAAAGGAUUACAUGUUCGAAAAUUUUGCAGACCCGCCAUUGGUCGAAGAGUUAUUAUUUUCUUUAACAUAUAGGGUAUCGAAUAAAGAUACCCCGUGGUCAAAAGCAUUUUCCGUGAUGGAAAAUGCAGAAAAAAGUUUUCCCAUUGAAGACAUUUCCAUUGAGCAAUGUGGUCUUGAUGAGAUAUGUAGCUGGCGAAAUGAAGAAAAGGUUUUCUAAUUCCUUAGUUGGAGGAUGCUUUUGGACUAAAUUAGUGGUCACCUGAAAGCGUGCCGUUUCGGUUGCAAUUUAUCUUAAAAGGUCCUGGAACUCGUAUCUAUUAAUAAUAUGGGUUUGGGGCCUCCUGCCGGCGGUACGCGAGUCCACGUGCUGCAGCUGCCGUCGACAGUUGUGUGCGAGUACCACCUUGCUUUACUACCAUCAGAAAGAACGACCACCAAUACAUACCUUCGCAUACACAUACGCACAUACAGGCUACCUACUUAUACAUUUUUAUAUAUGUGUAUUAAAUAUUGAGGUAGACUGAAACUGAAUACAAGAAAUGCACUGUCUGGUUUGUACGGACACAGAAAAAUGUAAUACGUAAAGGUAGGAAGAGACCAGACUCUAAUAGUGAUGCCCUAUAUGAAUCUUUAGACUGAUUAGACUCUAACAUCGGCACUCUACGUGGAAGACCUGCUGCUUGUCCUAAAAAGACUGAGGUAGCCCUGAAGUGGAUACCCCAUGUCAAUCCUUUAAAGGUAUGUAUU